GCCCCCUGUCUCAUAGCAUCAUAUUUCCUGUACAGACAUAAGAAGGACAUGAACAUUGUCACCUCUGUAAAACUGUUCAUUUAUUGGCUAAAAUCUGUGUAUCUUCUGCAGAUAAACAACCUCCCAGUAACUCAACACACAUGCCCACUAUGGGAGGUCUUCUUGUUUUACUUGUGUCUUUGCUGCAUCUUAUUAACCCUUCGCUGGCUUAUUCUCUGAAGAACUGCAGCAUUGACUAUUCUGACAACCCCUCGGCUGAUGUUUUUGUGAGCUGUUCGAGCCAUGAACUGGUGACGGUUCCUGACGACAUCCCCAGAGCUGCCGUCUCAGUGCUGAUUAGAAAUAACCACCUGGAGAAGAUCAACAGAGGAGAUUUUGGUGGCAUGUCAAAGCUGAGAGUAUUGGACUUUGAGGAUAAUCACAUUGCUCACGUGGACGAUGGAUCCUUCAUCGAUUUGGUGUCGUUGAGAGUGCUUAGCAUAGAAGAAAACAAGCUAACCAACCUGACAGCUAACACGUUUCAGGGGUUGUCCAACCUCACCAUUCUCUUACUGGGAAACAACCAGAUCGAGUUCAUCCAUCCCUCGGCCUUCAGGUUCCUGAGCAGCUUACAGACUCUCCAGUUGGAGUCCAACAGGCUCCAACAGGUUGCUGACAUUCAGGCCGUCCUGCAGCUGCCAAACCUAAAGAAUCUGAGGAUGGGAUUUAACCUGUUUUCCUCCUUUCAAACCAAAGAUCUGCCACUGAACAUGUCCUCUGGCCUGAAGGUGUUGGAUGUUUCCUCCAGAAAAUUGCAGGCGUUCAGCAUCACCACUCCAAUCUUCCCUCAACUUGAGGUUAUACAUUUUUUCUGUUUUUCUCAUGUUCCCAUCCUGAAGUGGGACAUACCGGACAAAACUUUACUGAGAAGCAUAACUCAGUUGUACUUCAGUCUCCCUUCAAUGUCCUUUGUAAGGAUCCAGAAAGUCCUGCAAAGCCUCGACUCGCUGAUGCACCUCAGAUUGAAUUGUGUGAACAGGUGGUUUCGAAAAGGUCUGUUAGCUACAAUCUGCAAAAUACCGACGCUCAGGAAGCUGGAUCUGAGUUACAACCAUCUCCACAACUCGACUGUGAAGCUUGUUGCUUGUUCACAGCUCUGUGAGCUCGACCUGACCCACACUGACCUGCAUGAACUGCCAAAAGGCUCAAUCAUAUCCAUGAAGCGCCUUACUUCCCUGAGUGUUGGGACCAAUUGGCUGACCAAAGUGCCAGACGACAUUAGGAGACUCAACUCCCUGGAGAUCCUGGAUCUGAGGGGCAAUCUUAUCUCCGAUUUAAGUUGCGAAGACUUCCUUAAUACAACACGCCUCACAGACCUCUGCCUAAUUGAGAACCGCAUUGCCAAACUGCAGGGGUGCGUCUUUGAACAUCUCAAUGAUCUGAAGGUUUUAGACCUGAGCCACAACCUGCUGUGGACUUUCGGAGGCGCCUUCAAAACAGGCCUGCAGAAGCUUGAGUUUUUGGAUUUGAGCAAAAACUUUCUAACCAGUCUCCACAAUGAAGAUUUUCAAGGUUUACAGUCCCUAAAACGUCUGAAUGUGACGUCAGAUUAUAUUGACAGGGUGAAGCAUAACGCAUUUGAUGGACUGAACAACCUGGAAACUCUUCUUCUGUCUCUACCACUCGACUAUGAAAGUAACUUCACAAGAUUGCAGCAUUUGGAAAAUCUUACAAUCUACUUUAAAAUUAGAGAGAGUUUCCAAAGUCCUCAUCCAGGCUGGUAUAACAAGGCCCUGUUCCAAUUAAAAUCUAUGAAGGUUUUCAAAGUCUGCAGCGGCAACCACUAUGGCUUCCCCUUUGAUGUACUGGCUGAUAUGUUUAAAACUAUGAUACACUUAGAGGAUUUCACCGCUAUCAACGUCUAUGUUUCUGCUCUAAAGCCAGAAAUCUUCCAGUUCAACUCCCAACUCAAAAGUUUAAAGUUUAGUAUGACAGAUUUGUCCGAUCUGGACCCUAGAAUGUUUGAUCCGAUUACAAACCUGCAGGCUCUGGAUCUCUCUGAGUGUAAGCUCAAGUCUUUGGACUUUCUGGCGAAGGCCAACCUCCCCGCCCUAAAAUUUCUGAAACUGAGCGACAACGAGAUCAUGACGAUCAAUGAGGCAGUCUUCCAGUCUCUCCCUGCACUCACAUACUUGGAUCUGAACAACAACCCUUUCACCUGCCACUGUUCCAACGCUGGCUUCAUCCAGUGGGUGAAGAGCAACAACCAAACUCAGGUGGUGAACGCCCAUCAGUACAGGUGCUCCUUCCCGGUAGCCGAACAAGGAAACAUGCUGCUGGACUUUGACACCCAGACCUGCUGGAUGGACAUCAACUUCCUCUGCUUCAUUUCCAGCACUUGUCUGGUUCUUCUUACUCUCCUCAUGUCCUUCAUCUACCACUUUCUGAGGUGGCAACUAGUCUACUCUGUCCACUACUUUCUGGCCUUCCUGUAUGACAGCAGGAAGAGGAAGAUUGGAGCUGCUCAUUGCUACGAUGCUUUUGUGUCCUAUAACGUCCACAACGAGGACUGGGUUUACAAGGAGAUGCUUCCGGUGCUGGAAGGAGAGCAAGGCUGGAGACUCUGUCUGCACCACAGAGACUUCCAACCAGGUAAACCCAUCAUAGAGAACAUCACAGACGCCAUCUACGGCAGCAGGAAGACCAUCUGUGUGAUCAGCCGCCGCUACCUGCAGAGCGAGUGGUGCUCCAGAGAGAUCCAGAUGGCCAGCUUCCGGCUGUUUGACGAGCAGAAGGACGUGCUGAUUCUGCUGUUCCUGGAGGACAUCCCGGCCCGUCAUCUGUCUCCGUACUACCGCAUGAGGAAGCUGGUGAAGAGACGGACCUACCUCAGCUGGCCUCAGGCCGGUCAGCACCCGGGACUCUUCUGGCAGAAAGUCCGCAGAGCUCUGCAGACGGGAGACGCUCCUGCUGAGACCACCGACCUCCUGACCGGACCGGCACAACUCUGA